UCUCUUUCUCUUCUCCCUGUUUUCUCUCUGUCUCUGUCUCUCUCUCUCUCUUCGUUUUUCCAGAAACUCCAUAGCCAUCUUCACCAAUUCAAUCAAGGGUUCUUAAAGAAAACGAAAACCCAAUUCUUAACGUCAUCAUGGUGGUGGGUUUCUAGCUCCCAUUGCCUUAUUUGCAGUGCGCCAAGACGGAAUCAAAUUUGGGAUUGGCAAUAUUUCUUGGCCCUGCAAGAUUUCAUCUUUUCUUUGUUUUUUGCCCAAUCAUCUGUUGUUGUGUGAUCAAUGGGAUUGUCACCUGACAAUGUUCAUGGACUCACUCUAGCGGUUUCUUCAAGCGUUUUUAUUGGGACUAGCUUUAUAAUCAAGAAGAAAGGCCUCAAAAAAGCAGGCACUACAGGAGUUAGAGCAGGGUCGGGAGGGCAUACAUACUUGUAUGAACCCUUAUGGUGGGCUGGGAUGAUAUCAAUGAUUGUGGGGGAGAUAGCUAAUUUUGCUGCUUAUGCAUUUGCUCCAGCAAUUCUUGUAACUCCCUUGGGAGCAUUAAGUAUUAUUGUCAGUGCAGUGCUUGCUCAUUUUGUUUUGGAGGAAAAACUGCAUAUAUUUGGAGUGCUUGGUUGUGUUCUUUGCAUGGUGGGCUCUACAACUAUUGUUUUGAAUGCUCCACAAGAGAGACAAAUAAAUUCUGUUAAGCAAGUGUGGCAUCAUGCUACACAGCCAGGUUUUAUUGUCUACACAGUUUUCGUACUGAUUCUCGUUGCCGUUCUCAUUUUCAAAUUUGUUCCACGUUAUGGGAAGACCCACCUGAUCGUAUAUGUUGGAAUUUGUUCUCUUAUGGGCUCUCUCACGGUUAUGAGUGUGAAAGCAGUGGGUAUCGCUCUGAAGCUGUCCUUUUCAGGAACAAACCAAUUUAAAUACUAUGAGACAUGGGUUUUUGCAGUGAUAGUGGCAGUCUGUUGUAUUUUUCAGAUUAACUAUUUAAACAAGGCUCUGGACACUUUUAACACUGCUGUAAUAUCUCCAGUCUACUAUGUGAUGUUUACAAUAUUCACCAUUCUUGCCAGCGUUAUCAUGUUUAAGGACUGGGAGUCGCAAAGUGCGUCUCAGAUUGUGACUGAAUUGUGUGGUUUUGUUACUAUCCUAUCUGGUACCUUUCUACUUCACAAAACCAGAGAUAUGGGAAAUGAUCCACCUAAGGAACCUGUCUUCCAAAGUCCUCGUGCGUCAGAAGCACCUGCAUCUCCACUUCCUAUUAGCCAGAGAUAGUCAAGUUUUUCAUCUUUUGGUCUCCUUAGAUACUCAUGGCAAGUGCCAUUGCUUGUUGUCAUGGGAGGAUGGAAAACUAGGGGAUUAUACAUAAUCAUUUUGAGGCCACAUGAGAAGGGCAAGGUCUAUAGGGUAAAAAAAGAUACUGAUGAAAAUUAGUUGACCUUUUCAAUGCAAAGAUAAGCAGGAUUUUCACUGUUAUUUGUAGUGAGGGAUCCACAAGUAGGUUUUUUUU